UCUGUCACCAGUAGAUUGCUUUCCCAGACCAUUUACGUCAACAAAGCUAAACAAACCUACGUACGUAGCAAUGAAGAGAACGAGAGAUCAGAGCUUCGACAUGGCAAAUUGUCUAAUGUUUCUGUCUCACAGCCUACAGACCGAGCCGAAAAAGAGUUCGCCGGUUUCUUCUGUCUUUGAGUGCAAGACAUGUAAUCGGCAAUUCUCGUCGUUCCAAGCGCUGGGCGGCCACCGAGCCAGCCACAAGAGAACGAGAUUAACGGGGGAAGAACAAGAGCAGAGAGACCGGACCAAACUCCAAGGCUCUGCUGCAGGGAACAAACCGAAGAUGCAUGAGUGCUCGAUCUGUGGCCUGGAGUUUGCAAUGGGGCAAGCUUUGGGCGGGCAUAUGAGGCGGCAUAGAGCGACGAUGAACGAAGGGUUUUCUUCUUCCAUUACAGUUGAAUCGAAAGUGCCAGCUGUGCUGAAAAGGUCCAACAGUAAAAGGGUUAUGUGCUUGGACUUGAACUUGACGCCAUUGGAGAACGAUUUGAAGUUGUUAUUUGGAAAUAAGGCUCCUGCAGUCGAUCUUCGGUUGAUAAUUUGAUACUGCAAUUGUCUUUUAAUUUCAUAUUCUUUUUUUUUGUUGUUGUUGUUCAACAUUGUACGUAGUCGAUCUUUGUAAUUUUUUUUUUGUUUUUUUUAAUCUCAUAUUCAUUCAUUUAUUUUUAAUACAAUAUCAUUCAAUUCUUUUCCAAGAUUA